GUAGAUAGUUCAUGAUUAACCUCUCAAACAUCACUGAGAAAAACUGGGAGAUUUUCUUCAUAAAAAUUCACCGCCGUUCUCAGAUCAACGUGGUGACCGCAGUCAUAACCUCCAAUAUUAGGUUUUUUCACAAGUUAAUGGCAUUCGCUAGUUCGAAUCUCAACGUGAUUAUUAAAGGAUCAACUUUAUAGAGAUUUUACUUACUUCGACAAUUAAUAUGACGAGAUUUGCAAGGGCUAAAGGAUCAAAAGCAUCGAAUGAACGCGUACCGGACGAUGGGACCCCAUGGCACGUCAUGAAACAGCAGCUCCAAGAUUCCUUAGCUGGAACAAGUACCACAGUGAAACCGAAAACUGCUAAACAAUUAUUGGAGGACAAGAGCGAACUGUUUUACUCUACCUCACGUGGAAAUGUUAAUAAUACUUGGGCGGAUUUUGAAGAGGCAAAAUCAAAAAGUAGUAAAUCCAAGAACAUCGCAAACACAGAUACUAUAACAUCUAUGGGCAGCAAGAAAGAAAAGAAAUUGAUUGAAGUACAGCAGAGUAACGAUUCGAUAGAACAAGGUCUAAAAAAAAAUGUCAAACAUAAAUUUAAAAAAGAUAAUAUUAAUAUUACGAGCGAUGCAAAUAUUAAAGUCAACGAGAAAAAAUUGAAUUCAGAAUGUCAUGUUACGGAUGUAGUAUCUAAAUAUCCUAAAGAAAAAUCCAAAAAGAAGAAAAUGAAAAGUAUUGUAACUAACGAUGGUAAAAUUGUUACUGGGGAUAACAUGGUUGAUACAAGUUCGAAUAAAAUUAAGUCUGAAGAAACUUGCGGCGUAAAUGAAAGUAAGACAAACAAUACCGUUAAUGAAAAGAAACGCAAGAAAAGGAAAAGAGAAGCAAGUGAGAUCGAUCGAGGUAAUAAGAACAUAGAGAAACCUAAUGGAAAAACUGACGUAUUUAUGGGAAAACGUAGCAAACGUCAAAAACGGAACCUAAAACAGAAGGAGAAACGUUUGCUGAAUAAUCAGGUUCCUGAUACAAGACGAGAAACUACAGAAUCUAAAGGUUUCGAUGUUGCAGACAAUAAUUGGAACAAUUAUAUCAAAUCUGGGAAACAAGAAAAGACCAUAAAUGGCACUAAACCAGUAUUCAAUAAACGAGAGGUUUCGGAACACGGAUCUUAUAAUGGCAAAAAUGGUCAUGUCACUAGGAAAUUUCCCCAGGAUAACAAGACUGAUAAUAACAAAAGGAAAGCCCCAAAAAUUCGUGACGACAAGGAGCACAAAAGAAGAAAACCUGAUUUAGAAGAAAAUACUGUCAUUAUUAAUGGUAGAGGGAUACAAAUUGUUCCGUUUGAUAGGUUUCCAGUUUUGAAGGAAGAUGCAGAAAGACUAAAAGCACUUAGGCAGGAAAUGAUAGCUAAAGGAAUUCCUCUUUCUGAAAUCAAAGCUGCAAUGAAAUUAGAAAGAAGAAAAGCUGAGAAGGCAUUAGCACGGGUGAGAAAACAGGCUUGCUUCCAUUGUCGCAAAGGAGGCCACAAUUUGUCGGAUUGUCCAGAACUCGAUCAAGACGAUGGAAGCGGAAUUUGUUAUAAGUGUGGCUCAACGGAGCAUACCCAUUUCGAGUGCAGAGUGAAGAAGGGAGAUGAGUUUGGAUUUGCAAAAUGUUUCAUUUGUCGGGAACAAGGACACAUUGCUAGACAAUGCCCCGAUAAUCCAAAGGGACUGUAUCCGAACGGCGGAGCAUGCAAAAUAUGUGGAGAUGUUACGCAUCUCAAAAAGGAUUGUCCAGACUUGGAAAAAGAAAAGCAAGAGAAGAUAAUCACCAUCGAUACGAUUAAGAACAAUACCCUAGAAUGUUUAGAGGAGGACGUUGCGAAGAAAGAUUUAAAUCCAGAAGAAAAUAAGUCAAAAAGCAAGGUCAUCAAGUUUUAGGCAGGUGCGUGAAAUUUUCCGUAAUAAAUGUUCCAUCAACAAAUGGGAAUUCAGGAUUUAUUGAAGAUUACAUGACUCGAAAAUGUAUGUACACACACGCACACUCCUGCCUGUAAAAGACCUUUCUCUAAGCCACUUUUGAACAGUGAAUAUUGACAUUAAGCAGAUACAAGAAAUACCGUCGCAACUUUACAGUCUUUCUAUCCACUUUUGUACAUCUUCCUGGAAAUCCAAUUUCAUAUCCAAUAAUGUACAUUAGAUCGAAUCGUUUCAAGUAUUUGAAACAUUUUUGGAAAGUCUUAUGCGUGACUGUGACAAAUUUCAUAAUUCUUCAUCGAGUGCAUUAAACAAUAUUACAAGUGAUCGAUUUAACCAUUGCAUAUGCAGGAUCACUUUUAAACAUAACUGGCAAUGUGAUGCUAAUCUACAAUUUAUUAUACAGCUAUUACUGCACUUUCUCAUUCUCGAGAAAAAAAAUUAUCGAUGCAGUAUCUAAGCACCGACUGCCUUAAUUUCUGUUUGUACCCUCAAGAUACUAUGAUUUGUCCGUAGACCAUUUGUAAAUAAUGUAUUUUAAGAAAAAUACCAUUAACUGUAAAAUACAAAUGCUAUGAAUAUAUAUCUAUAUAUAUA